AUGUUUCCUUUCUCACUACUCCGCAGGCGCUUAGAUAAGGCCGAUAUUAAUUUAUUGAUGAAGCUGAAAGUGUUUUUGGUCGAUUGUGAUGGAGUCCUUUGGAGAGGAAGUAAACCGAUUCCAGGAUCAGCGGAUACCGUGAAUUACUUAAAGAGUAAAGGAAAAGCAGUAUACUUUUGUUCAAAUAGCUCUGCUCGUAGCCGCAUAGACACGGUGAAUAUGUUAAAGUCAUUCGGGGUGGAUGCGUCAGAAGAUGACAUUUUGACGUCCUCUUAUGCAGCGUCGCUCUAUCUUCAGAAGCAGCCGAAUCACGGUGAGGUCUACGUUUUAGGAGAAAAGGGAAUCUAUGAUGAGCUUGAAGCGGUGGGUAUAAAAUGUCAUGGAACGGAAGACAAUGGAUGUACGGACAUCCAAUCCCUGACCAAGAUGAAUCCCUCGAUCGGUACUGUAGUUGUAGGACUCGACCGCAACGUCAACUUCUUAAAGCUGAGUCGCGCAGCCUCCUAUAUCCGUGACUACCACUGCUCGUUCGUGGCGACCAACAACGACGCGACGGACCCGAACGACUUGGGUCUCACGACCGCAGCGGCCGGCAGCCUGGUAAGCGCGGUCAGCACAAUCUGCGGCCGCCAGCCCGACGUCAUUCUGGGGAAACCGGGGUCGAUGUUCUACGAAAUCGUGAAAACGCGGCAUCCGGAGAUCGAUCCGUGGGACGUGAUGAUGGUGGGCGACCGUCUGGAGACGGACAUCGCGUUCGCCAAUCGCGUAGGAGCUUUCGAUUCGGUGGGAUGCAGAACGGACUGA